CCUCAGCGAGCAGCCCGCACAUUUCUUCAUCCUCCUCAUUCAAUUCAGCGUCGCCCAAAAAGAGCAGACCAUAUGCUAAAAUGAUGCCCUUCAAGAUCGAUACAACUACCCUCCUCUAUAUCAUGUUGGUUGUGGGCGGGGCCAUCUCCUUGAUCCUUGGAGCGCUAUCUUGGGCUCGCACUGCCGCUCUGCUUCUUCCUUUACCGACAUGGGUUCCAGCCACCGCGACACUCAUAUCCCCGAUCAUAGUACUCACACUGAUAGCCACGCGAGUGUUUUUCCAGCAGUCAAACUAUGAGACUCCUCGCAAUUGUUGGUGGAGCACAGUAUCCGGUAUACUCAAUCAGAUUCAGACCAUCAUAUCGACCAUCGUUGCCACAGUAGCGCUAGCGUACAUCUUCCCUGACAGUAUUCUCUCAUGUAACCUAGACCAACAGUGGCAGGCAUUCUUUCAGUCGAAGAAUUCGCACGCUAUCCGAUCAAUCCAAGAUGAGUUCCGAUGCUGUGGUCUUCGAAGUCUUCACGAUAGGGCAUGGCCCUUCAAGGACCGGAACCAUGGGGACAAUGCAUGUGAACUGCAGCUAGGAUAUCAGAGGAGUUGCUUCGCUCCUUGGAGAGAGCACCAGCAGAGUACUUCUUGGCUGGUUUUCGCAGCGGCUGUUUUUGUUUUCGCGGCCAAGAUCGCUCUCAUUCGGCUUUCCGGCCGUCGAAUAAGUUGGGUGAGUAGGCAAUCUGCCAGCAGGAGGCCUGAUUACCAGCGGAUUUCACACCCAGCAGUGCAGGACGAAGAGGACACCCAGAACGGUGCCCACGGGGAGGCGCAGAGGACAUUCUUACCCCAGUCAAACCCCGAAUAUAGGGAUAACUGGGAGGUAGAUUAAGUUCCGGCGUGUGCGCAGCCUCUUGUUGUUUUAUUUCUCGCUUUCUUCAUUGUUUCAGGGCAUCGGCGUGCGCAACGCGCGUCACCAAUUGAUGAUGAAGUGGCGAAGUAUGAGAGGCUGUAUGCUGGGCGUUAUGAUGUCUUUAUGGGCCUCUUUGAGCUCAAACUUGAAUGAGGCGGCCAGAACCAGCUACGACGGAACCUAGAUGUGGCUGGAGGAGCAAGAUUUCAAUGUUUAUUUAGUUAUUG